AUGGAUUCUGCAAACAAAGCAAAGAAAGGAGUAGCUGGAAGAAAAGCUGGUGGUCCGAAGAAAAAACCGGUUUCUCGAUCGGUUAAAUCCGGUUUACAAUUUCCCGUCGGUAGAAUCGGUCGGUAUCUAAAGAAAGGUCGUUAUUCGAAACGUGUUGGUACCGGAGCUCCGGUCUAUCUCGCCGCCGUACUCGAAUAUCUUGCAGCUGAGGUUCUUGAACUUGCUGGUAACGCAGCAAGGGACAACAAGAAGAACCGUAUCAUACCGCGCCAUGUUCUGUUAGCUGUAAGAAACGACGAGGAGCUAGGUAAGUUACUCAAAGGCGUAACAAUCGCACACGGUGGAGUUUUACCAAACAUAAACCCAAUUCUCCUCCCAAAAAAGUCUGAAAAAGCAGCAACUUCAACAACAAAAGCAACCAAAUCACCAUCAAAAGCCACCAAAUCCCCUAAGAAGGCAUAG